CCAGUCCACGCGUGCAUCCAUCCAGAGUGGGGGGCGGGAAGACUUGGAAAUCUCUGCCGCUCGCUGGUAGCUUGGUUGCCACCCACCGGAGAGGGAGCCAGCCGGUGCCCGGAGCCGGAGAUGAUCCGUGGCCGAGUCAGCGAGCGCCAGCGUGAGGCGGGCUGCUUGAAGUGGGCGGCCGGCCGGCCGGCAGCCAGCGCUCCGUCUCGUCUCGCACGCCUGAAGGACGAAUGACUGCUCAGUGGAUGAACUCAUCCCGCUGAAAGCUCUCUGGAGAGGGACGGGAGACCCCCCCUGAGCAUCCCUCCCUCCCUCCCUCCCCGUCUGCACUUUCUCCAUGGCGUCUCCGCAACAGUCCAGGAUUCAGUCCUAUCUGGAGCGCAACAAAAUUGGAGCCUUAUUUGAGGAGUUGAUGACGAAACUGAUAAGCGAGACCCCCGAUCGUCCCAUCCCUUUCCUCAUCGACCACCUCCAGAGCAAACAGGACAGCCCGGGAAAAAUGCACCGGGCCUUGUCCGGAUCGGCGGCGCUGUGGGCCCAGAGCUCCCCGGAAAGCAAAAACACUCGAAGAGAGCUGCGCCACAAUGACAAGCCGUGGCAAAUUCAGUCCAGGAAACCCAAGAAAUCCAAAAGUGACCUGGCCGUGUCCAGCUUGUCGCCUCCCUCGCCGGAGUCCACGCCGCUGCCUCAAUGUCCAUCGUGGGACUGGCGGGACAGCCGCGACUUGGACGAGCUCAACCACAUCCUGCUGGAGAGCAAGAAGCUGGGCCGGGCCCUGGAGAGCCUUUCUCGCAGCAUCGGCACCUCCGAUGACAUCGAUCAGAACUUGGGAGGCUUCAACUCGGUGCUGCGCCCCCGCGUGGUGGGCGAGUGGACGGGUCGACCCGAGGAGGACGCAGACCCGCUAGCGGCCGAGAUGCUGCGGCCUCCUGUCCCGCGGCUCAAAAACCAUGUUGGCUGGAGCGGGGACGGACUUCCCGUUGUCAGUCUCAAGAUGGAGGCCAAAGGCAGUAAAGGGCUGAAGGCGUUACAGCAGCAUCACAGGAAUCUGCUGGCCGCCAUGUUGGCGCAGGAAUCCUUGGACCCGCUCCACGGUCUCACGCCGUGCCUCGGAGAAGACGAGAUGGAUGACCGCGAUGACGACGACGACGACGCCGUGGAGCUUCUGGAGGACCUGGAUGACUUGCGCAUGGAAGGCGUGUGCGGGUUGGCUCCGUCCGGCUGUAAGUUCAGUCAAGGACGCAGCUCCUACUAUUCGGAACCUCAGGCCAAAGUAACGCUCAACAUCUGCUCUCGAUGUGCCAGGUUGCAGGGCGACAGUCUGACCACCAGCAGGUCCCAGGAAAAGCUGCCAUCCGAACAAGCCGUGCCUGACAUCUCAUCCGCCUUGCCCAGGGUGGACGCUUUGGCUUCGGCGGCGGCGGCGGCGGGACGCUUGCAGGAACACCAAGCGCCGUCUCAAGUGUCCAGCUCUCGUCAGCCUGUCUGGGAGUCUGAUCUCAAAGCUGGGAGGACCGGUGGCCUGCUGCUGGGGGACCCCCUCUUCUCCAAGGAGCUGGAGAACAUGGGCAAGCAACUCGCUGAGGUGGAGAAGGAUUUGGCCAAGCUGGCAGAAGUGGGGAAGAUGACGCUUCGAAACAAUCCCCACGGCAGUCUCCUCCGCAGUCCGCUGGGCCACCGGAGCCUCCCCGACACGCUGCCGCUCACCAGCCUCCUCUGCAGGCCUCGCUCGCCGGCGGGCAAGACGUGCGCCGCCGCCGCCGGGCUCCCCCUCGUCAGCCCCGGCUCGGCGUCCCUGCGUCCGGGCGGUCGUGCCUACAGCAACCCCGGCAGCAGGACGCACACGCCCGACAACCUGCGCUCGGGCUUCAACCCUCACAAGGAGGUGACGUUCAGGAGGUGCAGGAGUCGGCCGGUCACGCCCACCGGGCAGCCCGCGCGCACCCGAGCCUUGCUCACGCCGCCCGGGCUCAGCACCACCGACAGUCUGGGGGCCAGCCUGAGGGCCUACCUGGCUGAGGAUGAAUUCUACCAGCAGUUGCAGGCCAUGCGGCAGCCUUGGCACAUCCCCAGCGACACGGACAGCGACAUCAUGGAGCCGCCCGAGCAGGACAAAAGUGCCAGCAAGCGAUCCGUCUUUUCAGCGUGCGGAAGCCACCGAACUCAUUUCAUUCAAUUAUCCUGGCGAGUUAAACGGAGGCCGUUGCCCAGUUCCAUGAAGUCACGCGGGGGUACGGCGUUUACGCGCUCGCUCUCUCGCUGGCUCGCUGGCUCGCUGGCUCACUGGCAGACAGAGCGCAGUCACUGACGAUCCGGCUCUGUCUGCUUUGUGGCUUGCGUCUGCGGUCGUUCUCUUGUGGUGGCCGAGGUGCUGAGCAGUUUGCAGUGUGCCAGCCUGGAAGGACAUGUGAGAGAAGGCUGCUGCUUGGCUAUCACAAGAAAGCCAGACUGCCCCCCCCACCCCCCUCUCUCAUUUCCCCCCGCGUCGCCACGGCAACACUCCGAAAGCGCAAACUUCAUUUUCCAGCUUGCCCGUGACACAGCAGAAUAGUAGUCUGACUUUAGUGCUGAACAAUUCAUUGUAAUAUCUUCCAAUAUAUUCUCACUUUUCUGUCCUAUUUUCAGGCCUAUGAAGACGACAAAGAUCCCGUCCGACAAUUAUGCAAGGCGCCGGACAUUUUGAACAAAUUCUGUUAUUUUUAUAAGCCCUAUGAAUGAUAUUGUAUACCUUUCUUCUUUUCCACCAAUAUUUCCUAUAGACUGUUAUACUAUAUGAUAUUUUUGUUUGCUCUUUCGCAUGCUAUGGGACUCCCUGCAUGGGUGCACUUUGUGCUUUGACAACCUCUUUCCAAGGCAGUGCACAAGUGAGACAAUUUCUUGCAUGUCUGAGCAAGCUCAUGCCACUCGGCGUCAACAAUUUUCAAGUGUCGGGAAAUCCAAUUGAAUAUUCUGACCGUAUUCACGAGACAGAGUGGAGACACUGCAAGUACUUUUGUUACAUUCAAUUUGAAUAAAGACAAAGAAUUGUGAAAAAAGAUUUUCAUUUGAGCUGUGCUGCAGAGUAGCGCCAACUCUUGGUGAGGAGAACUACUAUGGCUACUUGAGUUAGCAUUAGCUUGUUUGCCGGCCUGCCUGCCUGCCUGCCUGCCUGUCUUCCUUCAAAUGAUCCCUUAAUGAUAUGCUCCCUGAAAGAGGUUUUCAAACAUCUCGUGGAGGAGGACACUAAAGAAUGCUAGUAUGCUAAUAAAAUGAUUUGGUGCUCAUCA